AUGGUUCAACGCUCAUCAUCCCUUGUCCCUUUCGCCAGCUGGCAUAUCGACCAGUGGGAUAAUGACCGAGUCCAGCAAUCCCUGUAUUCGUACGAAUACUCUCGUUUGUCCUUUCUGAGUCGAGAAUCGUCCGUUAUAUCUCGCAGUGGUGUGCCCUCCCACGGUUUGGGCAUAAUUAUGCCCAGCACUUCGCCUUAUUCCCCUCGAGGUUGCAUAUUGAUCAUCCCCCCGUUCCAGCUCAAUCAACCCUCUCCGUCGUGUUUGGAGGAUGAGCCGCCGCCGUUAGAUUUUGGGCGAUGGCGUUCAUCGCUUUGCCGAUUGAGGGUGGUUGCGGGGCCAGAUGAUAUGCGUGUCGAGGCCGACAGCCAGGAAAACGCAUCGCUUGUUCCCUUCUCUCUUUCCCCCUCGUAUCGUCUCUCCUCCUUUGCUGUACUCGAGGCAACAUCCCAUCCUCUGCGUAUUUCUGAUACUUCUGGAGUGCUCAUUAUGAGUAACAACGACUUCUAUUCCGGCCCUCGGUUUGAUCUUCCUGGUGCCAUGCCUGCACCUGGACUAGAAAAUCGACCUGCUUACCUCCCUCGAAUCUUCAUUGUGGACAAACAUGUUCAAUACCCUGCUCAUAUAUCUGGAACUAUUUAUGUGUAUCUCGAAGAUAUUGCGGAUGCUGUUCGCAUGAUUCAAAUCCGAAAUUUCACCAAGCGCUUGAAGAUUCCUAGUGGUACUAAAGAGUACUUGACGAAAGAGUGUGGUUUGCUUCAUGCUGAGGAUGGUGAUGUCAUGUUUGCACGGCCCAUCGGGGGCAAGGGUGAUGGUGCGGAAGACUCUCUUCAGCUCAUGGCAUUCGGCAAACGAUGGAUAACGGUCCCGGUCGUCGAGCGCCUUCUGAAUUUUCGCAAGAAUAUUCUUGGGCCUGACGAGCUCAUCAAGCCUGACAGUGCCGCAGAUGGUACUGCUUUCGAGCGAGAGGGUCACUGCGAAGGAAUUCGCGGUAGUACGCGUGCCUAUAACCUUGCAGUAGCCUUUGAGCGUCAGACUCAAGUCAGUGCGCCUGCCAAACAGGGGAAGGGUUCUGUUGGAGAACUGGCAGAGGGCGUGAAGCUUCGGCAAGGUGCUAUACAGCAUUCGACUGAUGUGGGUAUGUACUUUGCCGAAAAGUUACCAGGGCGAUGGAGGGAGGUUGUUUCGAAGCAAUCAGAUCUCGUGAAUGCACCUCGAAUCGGCGUUGAAGAUAAUACGAUGUUCGCAAAUGUUCAAAUGAAUAUAGCAUCGGCCAAGAAGAAAGAUGCUGGCAACGAGUUGAACUCUCUUGGUUUCUUCGGAGGCGCGCACAUCGACAAGGGUGACUCUGAGGGCGCUCUUACUUGCAUGUUAGCAUGUAAUAAUGUUCCUGCAGAUGGCUUUCAUGGCGGGUUCUUUCACCUUAUCGAGCUUGGUGUUUUUGUUACACUAGAAACUUUCAACUGUCUUUUCUUCUCUGGUCUCCGUCUCCAUGGUGGUACUGCUCCAAUUUGUACCGAUUCCGCUUUAUGGGUCGAAUAUGCCACACGUCUCGUUUUUGUGUUGUAUCCUCCCCGUCACAUUUUGGAUAACUUCUCUAUAACUGCUCUUGCUUCUUUUGAUAUUCGGCUUCGUAAUGCGGAACAAGAACGGCAAGCUCGUAUUGUGGAAGAUAAGGAAGGGGGUUUGGCGGAGGAUGGCGGAGAUACCGAUAUAGAGGAUGAAGAUGUGAUAGAUGUGCCAGGCAAGAAGGGCAAAAAGGACCAGACUUUCAGAGUUCAUUAUGCAAACAUGCUCAAACUUCCUCCUUCCAUCAAGAACAAUCCUCAGAAUCCUCAUGUUCAGUCCCUCGAAAACCAUGCUACUUUUGCUCAAGAUGGUCAUGUCAUCAUGCCCCGUCGAGCUUGGAUUACUUUCAUUGUUCGUAAUAUUUACCUGAUGAACAUUGGGCUUCUAUGUCAACUUGGUAUCAACUCCGGAUUGCGUGUGGAUCCGACUGCUUUUCUGCAAUCGUUUACUGUGUGUGGCGAUGAUCACUAUGAUAUAUCUGCGGAAGACAUCAAGCGAGUCUUAGAGGACUGGAAAUAUGCUCCCCAUAUCAAUGACUUUGAAGCAGAUGCUCCUCGCCGCGAAGCCGCCCGAGAAUGGCAUGAUUGGGUGUCACAUACGUCUAGGUUUAUACCCUUCACCUACAACAGCACAUAUGGAGAACGAUUAGAGAUUGCAAUUUCCAACUUUACGCCUGAUUCGGGUUUGAUUCGAAAUCAGUCCUACGAGAGCCAGUUAAAGAAACAAAAGGAAGGUCCUCGUGGCCACAAACCCUCGAAUAAGGCUAAAGGAGAGGGUGCUCGCAAAUCACCGCGAAAUAAGGCAAGCGAUACUCCGGGAACGUCGAAGACUAAAGUUGGUGGUAAAGAUGAAGAUGACGAUGACGAUGAAGAUGACGAUGAUGAUGAUGAUGGGGAGGAGGACCAGGAUGAAGAUGACACCGGCGAUGAGGGUGAAGAAGGUGAAGAGAACAGUGGAGAUUUAGACGAGCAACCGUCGGCAAAUGAGAAGGAGGGUCAAAUUCUAUGCGCAGCACUGUCCGGCCUGUCCGGCGCUCUAGCAGACUUAAUGCAGGCAAAAUACUAUCAAUCGGAUCCCGUGUCGUCAAAUGAACCGAUUUACAUCUCCGAUAACCCCUACGCCAAUAUCAUUGCUUCGUCAAAUCGUCUCAACAAUCGCAUCGUUCGAGCGGAUGAUGGAGAAACUAUACUCAAAGACCUCUGUAGGAUAUUCCGCGAGUUACCCGUUCCGCACCAGAAUUGGUUCUCAGCACGUUCUAUCUCCAGCCAGUUGACUGCUUAUCGACAGAGCAUAUCAUAUCAACAGAAUUCUCACCAACCUCCUUCCCUCGAUUGGGACGUCGUUUUACGCCGUCACGUAUUCCCGUUCUGGCAACGUGUCAGUCGGCACAACGAAGAGUGGCCAUCCGUGGAGACUUUGCAGUCUGCAUUGCUCAGCAUGCGAGCUGUAAAGCACCUGACGGACGAACUUGACUCGACCUACGCUUUCAUACGCUCUACACGGUACCACAUCCUUAUGGCACAUUGCUUUGCAUGGCAAUGGUUGGAGUCCCUCUGCUCUUACUACUCUCAGCCUCACAUCGCAAAGGACACCGAUUUCACAACAUGGCCUUCCAGAUUAGCUCGAUAUCUCUACAUGAUGUUCGAAAUGCGACUCGCGACUUUCACCCUUUGUCCAGCCGACUAUAUUCCUUAUCUUCCCACGGAAAUUCAGUCGUUUCGCACCAUUGGCAACAUGGAUUAUUCUAUCCUGGAUUGUGUACCGUCCCUUCAACAACGUGUUUAUAUCCAGAUGAAGCAUGUUUUACGGAAGUGGUUGGACUUUCCGCAGGACAAUCUAGCAGACAGUCGGGCAUGGAUUGUACAGAACUUUAUUGGCGUUUUAGGGACUGGUUCUCUUCUACUGGACGAGACAUGGGAGAUUUAUCAGCAUGUGCCGAAAUAUGUGCUAGGACGAAAAAGCAAUCGGGCGCGCACCAUCUUCAUGCAUCAACUCAUCCCUUUCCACGACCACAUCGAACAAUGCGAGGCUGCGGACAAGACGUCUCCAGCUCGGACCAUGUUGGAUCAGUACCGUUUGGAGCAUGCAGAGUAUGGGACUGGCAGAGAUCUCAGCAUGGUGGUGGCACGUUCAAACUCCAUCGAAUUGGUAGAUUCUUUCCAAGUGCGGACUUCAGAUGGUGAUAUCGAUGCAUAUGGUGUUGAUGAAUUCGGGGGACUGUAUGAGGGUAACAUGGAUGUAGACGCAGAUGCAGUCAUGUGGCCUAGCCCUUCAAUGGAGAUACGUUCGCCUGAAGAUCACGAUUCUGUUCAAGAUAUUGCCCAGUUUGAAACACGUUCCUGGCAAGUGGAGAUGUCUUAUGGAAUGAAUGAUGCAUCUGGGCAUGAAGAACAUACAUCUUCGUCUUCUAUGAAUCAUCCAGAUCUUUCACCAACAAACUCCCGGCCUUCAAAACGAACCCUUGAUAUAUCUGAUUCUCAUCAGUCGAACAAGCGCACCAAGCAUACGCCUUCCAUCCACAGCUCUAUUACACCUCCAUCAUCACCAUCCUCUUCUACUUAUCCUUCGCCUAUUUCAAUCGCUCGCAUGCACCAAGCCCUCCGAGUCUUACGCAAGCUGGCAUUUUUCUUGGAUUAUCCAUAUCCACAUGAAAAUGUGCAGGGAUCAUGCUACACAGGAUCUUUCGAUGGACAAGCGGCGGAGGAUCUCAAAUUGUUGAAGAAGGUUGCUAGUAAUUUGGAUGGAUUCCUCCCAUUCCCUCGACGCGCUCCUUCCGUCCUACAUGCGAUGUUGCCCUCUGGUCUCACAGAUCGUGUUCUCAGUCCAUCACUGCUAUUCAGCGCGAUAUCCUUCCGUGCCGUUUUCUUCAAGUCCCUAUAUCACUUUGAUCAUCCGACCUUCCUGCAAGAUUUCGAGGAGUACAAACGCCGUGUUCAAAGCAGGCCACAACACCCCUCUCCAGUUGUUACCCCUGGAGCUACCACCGAUUCAUACUGGGCAAAUCCGAAUCAAUACAGCACUGGACCGCACAAGCCUUUAGUCGAGCAUAUCAGCACAUACUGGUCGUCAGUCAAUCUCGAAUGGUGCUAUCCUCCUCACAAGGUGUUCAAAGGCUACAAUUCCAACAAUCCUCCACCAUCCGUUCCACCAUCUCCCAUCCCAUUUCAGCCCUUCAUGAGAGACUACCUUUGCUUCAAUAGGAAGUCAAAGGCUACGGGAGACAGAAUAAAUCUUUUCCCAAAUCUCGGUGGUUUAAUUGGAUAUCUUUGUGCUUUGGAUCUUUCUUAUGCAGGUCAUGUCGAGAAACCGUCCAUAGACGAUAUUGUUGAUGCUAUGGUGAAUGUCAAUUCAGGGGGAAUCAGGGGUCUCAUUGCACUGGGGCUGGUGGAAAAAAAUGAUGGUAAAAAAAAGUAUUCUGUUAUUGAAAUUCAGCAGGCUUUUACUGUACUGCACACCUUUUUAGACGACCAUCUGACAGACGAAGAGAAAGAGAAGAUGGUAUUUGAUCGCCCUAUGUCUGAACACUUCUCUUGUAAACUUUCCAAACUUGUUGGUCUCAAACUGGUUGUAUUUAAAGACGAUGAGCCUUUUGAUUCUUGUGCUUGCUGCAGUUAG